AUGAGAGAAGGAGUUAACGUUGGACCAAGGGCUACUUCAACAGCACCUGCGAAUCACGUGCAAUGGUAUUAUCCAGCUGGAGCACCUACACCUCCCACGUUUCAUCAUCAUCAGCACCAUCAAGCUUUUCCUAUCUAUGGGUAUUCUCCAACCUACAUUGCAACAGACAUGAACUACAAUCAUAAGGUGGGAUACACAGGUGGGACCUACAUGAAUGGGCAUUUCUCUCAAGUAUAUCCGGGUCAGCCCAUGAUGAGCUCAAAUGCAUUGAUGCCCAUGUACCCUCUUUACCAUUUCCAUCAGUCACACGCAAUGGGCCUUCCAGCCCACAUUUACUCACCAACCGGAUCUGGCCCAAUCCCUACAGUUCCGGCCCUGAUGUCAAAGCCCUCAUCUAUUGCUGCUCCUAAUGCAGUUUGCUUUGCUGUGGAAUAA